AAAAAUACUUUUUAAGUUUAGUUAAAGUUUCGACCUAUAGUAGCUGCACUGACAGCUGAGGGCGGGGCACACCUUUUUUUUUUCCUUUACGCACACCUGGUUUCAGGAAGUAACCUCUACGUCAGCGGGAGAGGUGUUUGAAGGAAUGGCUCAGGAAUUCAACACAAAAAUCUUGCUCAACUGGAUCAGCAGACAUAUAUCUCUCUCACCGAGGGCACCACGUCGGCAGAAGCUUUAAAUCUCGUCCGUGGAAAAGCACAGAGAGACUGAACUUUUCUGGGGGCGAUCAGAUUGAAGGAUAUUAUUUUUCUUUUUCCUCUUUAAGAAGAAAGGCUUCUUUUAAAACAGACGAAUAUGUCUCGGGUUUCGAAUAUUUUACCCGAUGAGGCGGUCUUUGUUGACUUCAAAAAACAGUGUUUAGCAACCGACAACUGGCAAAAUAAGUAUGACAACAAUGGGAUGCAAGUGUGGAUCGAGGUGCGCGCUGUGAAUAAAGGAAAUCACGUACCUAAAGUCCACAAGAUGAAGUGUAAAAUGAUAGUUAAUGAUGUGUCAGCUGCUACCAUGUUCGACGUCCUUCACGACAGCCGGUACCGCAAGAAGUGGGAUGUAACUAUGCAGGAGAGUUUUGACAUUGCCCGGCUCUCUGCUAAUGCUGAUGUGGGCUACUACUCAUGUAAUGAAGAGUGUGCAUAAGGCGGGACAAGAAUACUCAAACUGGAAAAGUCAGAAUUCCCCCGAUUUGAAGCCCUGGCUGUACCCAGAGCAGAACACCCUUCCCAUGAUGGACCCCGCUGAGCUGUCAAUUCAGAGAGCAGACUCACUGGAAAAUGUGGAUGAAAGCUCAAAGCUGGAUGCUAACGAAGGGGAGGACAGCAGCUAAAUUGAAUGAUAGUGAUGGGAGGAAAGGUGGACAAAGACGGAGAGAUUGAGAGGUGGACUGUAGAUGGACUUGAGGUCUCCGGCUCUCUGUGAUGUAACCAUGAUCCUCCAGUUCUAAAUCGGUGUGCCUUCGAGGAUGAGCAAGAGCAUGAAGUGUUUACAACUGUCUGACAAGAUGGAAAUGAGCACAGAUCAAGUUGCCAUCACCUCAGUCUGUGUUGAGCUAAGCUAACUUCCACUGUACAGGGUUAGAGGUGUUGGGGUUUGAAUGUGACACAUUUGCAAUACUACAUUUACAAUUGGACCAAAGACAGUCGAUCUUUAGCUGCAGCUACAUGAACAAAUUUGAAGUGGAAGAAAGGGAAAUAUACUUGACUUCUAGCAGGUCAUUAUUAGUGACUGUGAAUAGAAAUAAGAUUAGAAAGUUGGCAAACACCUGUGGAGAAUUGUGACACUAACGUCUCUUCAGAAUAUUGCAAAGGAAUCGGGUCUGAAAACAGCUGAAACUGUUUCAGCUCACUUUAUCUUCAUUUGGGGUUGUAGUCGACACAGAACGAUGAUAACUUUGUGAUAAUUUAUACUUAAACACGGUUUUGUUAAUAUGUUCACAGCAUAAUGUACAGGUAGCAACUUGUGGGGCAGGUUGUCUUUAGGUUUGUAAUUAGGAAGGCUCUUUUUGAAGGUGUGUUGCCUUUACUCAGACGUUGUGCAACCAAGGUGUUUGCAUUGUAAAUUAUUACAAAUGGUAGAGUUUCAUUGGUCCACAAGGAAGGCACUGAAGUGAACUCCCAGUUAGGUUGUAUUGCCAAGUCACAAUACACACAGAAUUAUUGUAUUUUGUUAGUUGAAUAUCAGUUGACCUGAAGGAUUGGAAUGACCAUAAAGGCUUUUUUUAUUUAUUUAUUUCAAGUUGAUGUAAAUUGAUGAAGUAAUGGCCUGGGAUGAAGCCCCUGUAGGUUGACUUUUUUUCAUAUUAAACUAUUUAAUGAUAACAAUGUUACAAGGCAUUCCUUCUUUUCUGUUUUCUUUUUCAAAUAAACCUUAAGGUUAA